ACAUACAGCUGUACUUUUGCCACAGCUGCGUAUAGCAAUUGCUGUUCAUUGAGAGUGCCUAUAUAGCUCCUGCUCCGCGAUGCAAUAGCAGCCUUCUACUUCGUCUUGACUGUCAUCUCGUUCAGCAUAUCAUAGACCACUUCUCUGAUAACGACCAUGGACUCUUCCUCGCCCACCGUCCGGGCACUCAAGGACAUUGCGUUCGGCAGCGCAGCAGGCAUCGCGUCCAAGUUCCUCGAACACCCGUUUGACCUCUGUAAAGUCCGCCUGCAGGCGCAGGUGCUCGACCAGCACGCGCGGUUCAGCGGGCCCAUAGACUGCUUGACGCAGACGUGGAAGAAUGAGGGGAUACGAGGCCUGUAUAGGGGCUUGCCUGCGCCGAUUGUAGGCGCGAUGGUGGAGAACGCCUCGCUGUUCCUGUCGUACAGCGAGCUGCAGCACCUCAUCCGGCGUUUCAACCACCUCCCCGCUUCGCAAGAUCUCUCCGUGCCUCAGCUGGCACUCGCGGGCGCCGGCGCGGGGGGUAUCACCAGUUUCCUCCUCACCCCAAUCGAACUCGUCAAGUGCAAGAUGCAAGUGCAGAUGCUCGUCGGGUCCCCCCUCGCGCCCUCGCCCUCCACCGUCGCCGCCCUCGCCUCCUCCACCCACCCCGCCAGCGCACCUCCGCCAGCGCCGGCGCCCCUGCCCUCGCGCGCGCACCUCCCGGGUCCGCUCGGCGUGCUCACGAACGUGGUCCGCACGACGGGCGUGCGCGGGCUCUGGCUCGGGCACACGGGCACGUUCAUCCGCGAGACGGGCGGCAGCGGCGCGUGGUUCGCGACGAAGGAGGCCGUCGCGGCGUUCCUCGUCGCCCGCGACCCGCCCUCCCGCGCCGCGCCCCGGCGGACGAAGAAGGAGCUGCGCCCGUGGGAGUCGGCGCUCGCGGGUGCGUGCGCCGGCGGGAUGUACAACCUUGCGUUCUUCCCGGCCGACACGGUCAAGAGCACGCUGCAGACGGAGGGGGAACUAAGACCGGGCGUGGAACGGGGGAAGGCAAGCUUUUUUGGGACGUUUAUGGAGAUGUGGAGGAAGCAGGGGUUGAGGGGUUUGUAUGCGGGGUGCGGGAUUACGAUUGCGAGGAGUAUACCGAGCAGUGCGGUGAUCUUUUUGAUUUAUGAUGGGUUGAGUCGGAGGUUUGGGUAGGUUAGCGGGUGUCUCGAGGAGGGAACUUGUAAAUAUAAUACAUAUAAUGAUUUAUAGAGUUGCUAGAUUUAUCUCUGUUCUGUCACAAUGCGUGC